GGCGGUUGCUGGUCAAACCCGGGAGCCGGAGGGGUCUGCCGCUGCCUGCGCCGUCGCAUCCCCGGAGGGAGUCUUGUCGGCGCCACCCGGGCUUCCAACCCCACAGAUCGCCGCAGAGCUUCCUGUGUGCGCUUCCGGCCUCUGCAGCCGCCGGCCUCUCGCUCUGCGGACCGUGCCUCCUGCAUCAUGUGCGGUAUAUUUGCUUACUUAAACUACCAUGUUCCCCGGACAAGACGAGAAAUCCUGGAGACCCUGAUCAAAGGCCUGCAGAGACUGGAGUACAGAGGAUAUGAUUCUGCUGGUGUGGGAGUUGAUGGAGGCAAUGACAAAGAUUGGGAAGCCAAUGCCUGCAAAAUCCAGCUCAUUAAGAAGAAAGGGAAAGUUAAGGCUCUGGAUGAAGAAGUUCACAAACAACAGGAUAUGGACUUGGACAUAGAAUUUGAUGUCCACCUGGGAAUAGCUCAUACCCGCUGGGCAACACAUGGAGAACCCAGUCCAGUCAAUAGCCAUCCCCAGCGCUCUGAUAAAAAUAAUGAAUUUGUUGUUAUUCACAAUGGAAUCAUCACCAACUACAAAGAUUUGAAAAAGUUUUUGGAAAGCAAAGGCUAUGACUUUGAAUCUGAAACAGACACAGAGACAAUUGCCAAGCUCGUUAAGUAUAUGUAUGACAAUCGGGAAAGUCAGGAUACCAGUUUUACUACAUUGGUGGAAAGAGUCAUCCAACAAUUGGAAGGUGCUUUUGCACUUGUAUUUAAAAGUGUUCAUUUUCCUGGGCAAGCAGUGGGCACAAGGCGGGGUAGCCCUCUGUUGAUUGGCGUUCGGAGUGAACACAAACUGUCUACUGAUCACAUUCCAAUACUUUACAGAACAGGCAAAGACAAGAAAGGAAGUUGUACUCUCUCACGUGUGGACAGCACUACUUGCCUUUUCCCGGUUGAAGAAAAAGCAGUUGAGUAUUACUUUGCUUCUGAUGCAAGUGCUGUCAUAGAGCACACCAAUCGUGUCAUCUUUCUCGAAGACGAUGAUGUCGCAGCGGUGGUGGAUGGCCGUCUUUCUAUCCAUCGAAUUAAACGAACUGCAGGGGAUCACCCUGGACGAGCUGUGCAAACCCUCCAGAUGGAACUGCAGCAGAUCAUGAAGGGCAACUUCAGUUCAUUUAUGCAGAAGGAAAUUUUUGAGCAGCCAGAAUCAGUUGUGAACACAAUGAGAGGAAGAGUCAACUUUGAUGACUAUACUGUGAAUUUGGGUGGUUUGAAGGAUCACAUUAAGGAGAUCCAGAGGUGUCGGCGUUUGAUUCUUAUUGCAUGUGGAACAAGUUAUCAUGCUGGUGUAGCAACACGGCAAGUUCUUGAGGAGCUGACUGAGUUGCCUGUGAUGGUGGAACUAGCCAGUGACUUCCUGGAUCGAAAUACACCAGUUUUCCGAGAUGAUGUUUGCUUUUUCAUUAGUCAGUCUGGCGAGACGGCAGAUACCCUGAUGGCUCUUAGGUACUGUAAGGAGAGAGGAGCUUUAACUGUGGGGAUCACAAAUACAGUUGGCAGCUCCAUAUCAAGGGAGACAGAUUGUGGGGUUCACAUUAACGCUGGUCCCGAGGUCGGUGUGGCCAGUACAAAGGCUUACACUAGCCAGUUCGUGUCCCUUGUGAUGUUCGCCCUCAUGAUGUGUGAUGACAGGAUCUCCAUGCAAGAAAGACGCAAAGAGAUCAUGCUCGGGUUGAAACGGCUGCCUGAUUUGAUUAAGGAAGUGCUGAGCAUGGAUGACGAAAUUCAGAAACUUGCAACAGAGCUUUAUCAUCAGAAGUCAGUCCUGAUAAUGGGACGUGGCUAUCAUUAUGCUACUUGUCUUGAAGGGGCACUAAAAAUCAAAGAAAUCACCUACAUGCAUUCAGAAGGCAUCCUCGCUGGUGAGCUGAAACACGGCCCUCUGGCCUUGGUGGAUAAGCUGAUGCCUGUCAUCAUGAUCAUCAUGAGAGACAACACUUAUACCAAGUGUCAGAAUGCUCUUCAGCAGGUGGUUGCGCGGCAGGGGCGCCCCGUGGUGAUUUGUGAUAAGGAAGAUACUGAGACCAUUAAGAACACAAAACGAACAAUCAAGGUGCCCCACUCAGUGGACUGCUUGCAGGGCAUUCUCAGCGUGAUCCCCUUACAGUUGCUGGCCUUCCACCUUGCUGUGCUGAGAGGCUACGAUGUUGAUUUCCCACGGAAUCUUGCCAAAUCUGUGACUGUGGAAUAAAGAGCACCUAAACUCUGGGCAAUUGAGCAACACAAGACACCUUUUGUAUUUAAAACCUUGAUUUGAAAUAUCACCCUUUUAAGCCUUUUUUAGUAAAUCUUUAUUUAUAUAUCGGUUAUAAUUAUUCCACUCAGUUAGUGGUUUUUGUGAAAAUUACCUCUUCUAUUUUUACAAUAAUUUGUGGGGGAGUUUGAAUAAUGGAAUCUAUGUCAGAAAGAGAUUUUAACUGUCAUUUUCUUUAAAGAACAUUGGGUGUUGAAUUCCUGGAACCUCCACUUCAAUCUGAGAGGAUCGUAUGUUUUUAAAAUCGUUGGCAUUUGUUUACCAUGGUAUUUGGACUAUUGAAAGAGUAAUGGGUAAAAUUGAAAAAUCUAAAGCCAGCAGCAAUGUAUCCUAAUACUUGGAUAUCUAAUUAAGGCUUUUUUCAGUUAUACAUAAAGAGAUGUUGUGACUGAUUUUGAAACUUGUUUCUGCUUGGUUUUGAAAUCAACCUAUAAAGCUGAAAAACUGAAACUUUUUCUUGAUGGGACUUUAUAUCUAGGUUAGGUUGACCUUAAUUUCUCAAACUUGUUGCCUGUAAGAAUCUGUAGGUUGAGACAAUUUAGGAAGCAAAAUAUUACAGUAAUGCCUUGGUUUUCCCCAAACCUUAACAAAAUGUAUUUGCACAAAUUUAUAGCACAAACUUUAAAUGCGAGCCACUUAGGACAUCCGACAAUAUGAUUUUGAAUUUGAAGACGGGAUGUGUCCGUGUUGGGCAUCCUACUCCUUGUUUUUUCAUCUCCCAAAAGUGGUUAUUUUUAUUUUCUUGUACCUGCAGUCUUUUAUUUUUUAAGUAACUGCUGAAUGACUUGUUCUUUCAAAUCCUAACAGAGAGCUGCUAUGAAGGUGUACAUUAAAUCAAUAGUGAUAAUAUUGAUGUCAUACCUCUUCAACUUUGUCCCAAGGAAGAAUUUCUUGCAGUGACUUUUUCCUUCCCUUCACUGUUUUGUUGCAUAAAACUAGUACCUUAGUGUCAGCUUGGAAGAGCUGCAAGUCUUUGAAACAGUCAUUUGACUCUAAAAAUGUAUGGUAAUAUAGGCUCAGAAAAACUAGAUGCUUUAUGUUGAUAUUGGUGAAAGAGUGCAUCAAAUUUAGUAGUAUUUCCUAAAUAUUUUUCUCUUUGUAUUUUCUGCAUCCUGCCCCUUCCCUUCCUCUGUCCUUACCUCUUUCCCUCCUUCCCUUUCUUUCAAGUCUUUUAUUUUCUUCUACAGUGAAUUUUUUCUGAAUGUUCCUUUGCCCAUUUUGCUAUUGGGGCAGUCAUCUUCCUUAACGAUUACUAGAAGUUCUUUACGUGUUUGACAUAUUAAUCCUUUGUCGUAUACAUUGCAGAUACAUUUUUUUUUUCUAUUUUGUCAUUUACCUUUUGUUAAUGGUGGGUUUUUGCAGAUUAUUUCUAAUUUUUUUGUAAUCAAAUCUGUCUCUUUAACCUUAUGGUUUUCGUCUGCAAUUAUAUUUGGAAAGGCUUGAGGAGAAAGGUAGGGCCUAGAUCCCAGAGAGUCUGCAGUUUAUCUUGGAGCAGUGGGUAUGGCACUAUUGGAAGUGGAGCUUAGAUUUGUGGGGUGUGGAUGGAGGAGGCUGUUGCCAUGGUCCAGGCUCAAGACAGUGAGGAUCUGACUGGCAGAAGUGCAUCCAAGAGGACUUUUUAGAGGGUCUUUUUUUUUUUUUUAAUAGCAGUAAAAGACUAAUGUUAAUUAUAACUAUUGUCUGCUGCAACUUAAGUGAUUUUCUAAGAAGCACACGUCAUUUAAAAGUAUUUAUUAAAAAAUUAAUAACUCACACUGAAUUUGUGAAGGCCAAAGAAAUUGAAGGGAAUGGUAAAGAAAGAUCUUUUAGUCUUCUGAUGUCAGUGUAUUUUGUAGAUUUUGUGUACAAGAAUACCAGACACAGUGUUUUACCCAUGGAAACAGAUUUCAGGGUACUUCACUUGGUUCUGUUAGAAUCUCUAGACGUUUUAGCACAAAUCAUUUUUUUCCACCAUAUCUCCCUAGCUUAACUUAAUCAUAUCUUUACAUCUAUGACAGUGGCAACCAGCAAGACUGAUAACACUAGCUUCAAAUACCAAUAGUAUCCAGGGUUAAAAUAAAAAUCACACUUAACUAGCGGGACUAUAAAGUUAUGACAUAUUAAUUUGUCUGUAGUAGCUUGAUAUCAAAGAUUUUAUGGAAUAUACCAUAAAUAAUGGCUAUUGAGAACAUCUUAGGAAAUUUUUGAAUUACCUUUCUUAUGUAUAUCAUUUUCAGAAUGAAUAUAUAAAUGACCCUGUUAGCUUUUUAAAUGUUCUCUGGUUGAAUGUGUUUUUGCUUAAAUAAAACUUUUGGUAUUUGUUUAAAUAAUAACUUCUUAUGAACUGGAAAUUUUAGAAUCGUCCUUGCUUUGUUUCAGUUUUCUGUUCUUUGAGUGUUUAGUUUAUUUACUGAGCCAGUUGGUUAUUUCUUCCUCAUGUCUUGUAAGUGCAGUGACUCUUAAGCCUGAACUGUGAAUAAAUUACCAAAAACUUGCUGAGAGUUGCAUUUUGGCGUAGUUUGCCAACAUUUGAGGUGUAUAUGCUCUUGCAGCUGUGUUAAAGAUUGUAUUGUGUUAAGAAUGUAGCCCAUGUUUGGUUCAGUAGUUAGUAAACAUUUCUGAUGCCAAAAGUUUAUUCUUUAAUUCUGCUUAAAAAAAGAACGAUUGUAUAAAUAUUGUCAAAAGCUGCAUGUCUCCAGCCCAACCUCCCAGGAGUUUGAGAAAGACUCAGAUAAAACAAAUGCUGUAGUCUUUUUGGUAUCACACUCCAUAGAUACUCUUUCACGUCUGUUUAAAUUUUUGCAAUAAUGUUUGUAGCAAAAGGGGGAUACUCCAGGUAGAUGAAUAGCGAGACAGCAUGCAUCUCAAAUCUAAAGUCUCUCUGCAUCUGGCAGUAUAUUAAUUAUGGAACAAAGAUUCUUUUCAGAAACAGCAAGCUGGAAUCUCUAUCCCUAGUGCUUAUGGCACUUGCAGUAUUUUGCAGGAGACAGUUAAGCCAGGGUUGGUGUGAAUGAAUAGAUGGGCUGUUUGCCUCUCCAGGAGAGUGGACCCCAGAGGCUGGUCUCCGCUCUCCUGGUUGCUCUGCAGCAAGGCCCAGGGCUGCCACACCAGCACUGGUCAUUUUUUCCACAGGCCCCAUUUUUGGCAUAAAAUUCAGCUUUACUCCUAACGAACAGUUUUCUCUCAAAUCAGCUGUUCGUAUUUACUGAGUGCUUACUAAUGGCCAAGAAAUAAUUUCUCUAAAAGUUAAGAGGCCACUUUUCAUUGGAGUGAGAUUUGGGAAAAAUUUUAACUUUUUGGGUAAAGGAAAGAAGUAAGCAUUCAGUUUUUCCUGAUGAAUCUGAAGGUGAAUAGUUUUCUCUCGUUCUUUAGAUGAUGUAGGAGCCUUAUUAGCUUAUUAGGCAUCUGGAGGAAUAAACUAAUCUUGUAAUAAUGCACAGGAAAGUUACCAGGUAUAGCUGACCCCUGCCCAGGAAGUAUAGAUGUGUGUGUUUAUAUAGAUAUAAUUCCCUUUUUGGUUAGUGUGUAUACAGAAUUAUUUCCAAGGUUGGAAAGGGACAUUUGUGGACUUUAUAUUAGCAUGACUCAUUGACUCAGAUUCCGAGGUUCAUUUAUGUAUUUUCUCAUAAAAAUGCUAUUGUGCAGCCACACUUGCCUUUUUAUACUUCAGGAGAUUUUGAGUAUGAAAUAUAGGUGUGUAGUUGAAAAUAGAGAGUAAAAAAUCAAGCUUGUAGAAUUUGAGAAAUGCUCUUUGAAUAGAAUUGUAGCCAAUUCCUCCCCAUUUAUAUAUCAGUCUCCUCUAUGUGUGUAUAAAAUUAAAAAGUGUUUGUGUUCGUUAGGAUGAAAGCAAUUAGCAUAUUUUUAUAUGCUUUCAAUUUUUUGCAGCAUACUGAAUGAUUUAGAAGUCUGCAACAAUCCAAAAACCUAAGCCACCAAAUAACGGCACAUCACAAAACUCACAGAUACAUAUAUAUAAAAAUUUAGUGGUUCCUGUGUACCUGGGAUCUUUAGGAGUUAAUUUCUGCCACUCACUCAACUUGUAAGUUUUGAAAUGGAGAUAAAUAUACUGAGGUCUUGGAAGGAAAAUUGCUGGAAUUCUCAAAGCAUAUAAGUAAAUACUCAUUGAGAAUUGUAGCUAUUUUUUUUUUUUUU